AAAGCUUAAUCCAAAUGUGAUCCAUAUUACCGGAACCACUCUAAUAGGUUUUCCGGGCUCCAGAUAGCUAAUUAGAGAGCCUACAAGCCUGAAUAUGGACAAUUUGGACAUAAAGCCUAAUGGAGAUGGAUGAACUAUAGUGCUAUACUUCGAACUUCAGCUUUAUCUUGUUAUAUACAUCAACCCUUUAACACUCUUUUGCUUCUUUAUAUGCUAUUUCUGGUCAGGUGGUGUUGGCAUAUCCAACAUGAUUGGAAAAAUCGAACGACAAGAAUACAUGGGAUUUGAGAACCUAUGCAAAUACGAUUCUUAAAUUUCGUGUAAAGUGUUAAUCCUUAUUGUCUAGUAGAAUCAAUGUCCCCCGCGGGGGCAUUUAGUUGUAUUUGGCAUCUCCAAAAGCAGUAUAUUCAGAUGGAAAUAGUUAGAAAUUAUAUGUAGAACCCAAGUAUCAUAUCAUUUGUUCAAAAGGUUUCUUGUUAUGCAAGACGAAUGACUAACUGAAUUACGAAUAAUUGUUUGGUAAACAUAUAGUAAUUUUGUUGAUAUUUUUUACUAUUAAUGUAUUUUAUUUUACCAAGUUUUUCAAAAUAUAAGAUUAUAUGAUGGAUGAUUAAAAAGUAACAAAAAACUAUUUAUCAUAUGUAUUUUGUUCAAAUGACCCACCUUGAAUGGAAUUGACUACGCUGUGACUUCAUAAUCAAACAAGCUAAUACCAUUUUAUGAAUCAAUUGGUCCCAACAAUUCGAAUUGUUGAUAGAUAUCAAUGUAUAGUAUGUACGUUAUAAUACUCUCCAUACAUUAGUUCCUUCAAUAUAAUCCAAAGCGAAUUUGUACAAAAGAAAGGGGGCUCACCUCUCCCAAUCCAUGAGGUGGAGUUCUUUUAUUCCCCUGGAUCAAAGGAUCUUCUUCUUCUGCCCCCAUCUCUUUUGCUGGCUUUUCAUCUUUGUUGGCCUUUCGAGCACUACUUGCUGAUAAUACAGCUUCAAAUGGAACAAUACAAACUGAAGUCAAAAUCAGAACCAAAACACAUGUACUGUUCUCAUCUAGGAUCACCAACUUGAUCAAUGCAGUCCAUGUGGGCCUGAUCUGUUUAUCCACGGGAUACAGGCUAGAACUGUCGUUUUCUAAGGUUAGAUUAUUAUUAGUACUUACGGCGACAUGGCGCUCAUUAUGAACCAGUCGAAUUUUUUAUUCCUUCCCCUGGAUGGAUCAAAGGAUCUUCUCACUUAUGCUACCAAAUCUUAUGAUGGCUAUCAUUUUGUUAUCCUUUCCCUCGUUUUCUGGUCGCCUCACUGUUUGGUAACACCACUACUGACUGAUACUCUUCUUGGUAAGUCUCUCCCCAUAUGCUAGCUUUAGCUUCCCAUCCAGCUCGGAAGCAACAAUGGGUGAUGCCUUCCCAUGGCAGUCCGGUUUCCAGUAUCAGCAUGUUUGGCCUGAACUGGAAUUUGGGUGGCAAGUAGUGGUGGGGACUGCGAUUGGGUUCCUGGGAGCAGCGUUUGGAAGUGUCGGGGGCGUUGGUGGCGGCGGGAUAUUCAUUCCCAUGCUUACUCUCGUCAUUGGGUUCGAUCCGAAAUCCGCCAUCGCCAUCUCCAAGUGCAUGAUCACUGCCGCUGCGAUUUCAACUGUGUACUACAAUCUCAAGCUGAGGCACCCGACUCUGGAUCUUCCCAUCGUGGAAUAUGAUUUGAUAUUGCUGAUUCAACCCGUGUUGCUGCUGGGAAUCAGCAUUGGAGUCACUUUCAACGUUGUAUUCCCUGAUUGGAUGGUCACGAUUCUUCUCAUCAUUCUGCUCUUAUCAACGGCGGGAAGGGCAUUCUUCAAGGGUCUUGAACUCUGGAACAAGGAGGCUGCUUUGGAACCAGCAGGUGAUGGUGGGGAGGUGGGAGAGUACAAGCAGCUUCUAGGAGGGCCAGACCAAGGAGCAACGACAGGAAAUAUUUCAACUCCCAAAAUACGAGAGGUUUCCAUUGUUGAGAACAUUCGGUGGAAGGAACUUGGACUUGUGACUUUCGUCUGGGUCUCCUACGUCGCCUUGCAGAUCGCCAAGAACUACACAGCCACUUGUUCAAUGGAGUACUGGGCCCUGAACUUGCUCCAGAUCCCAAUCUCGGCCAGUGUGUUCUUGUAUCAGGCAACUGCCCUGUACAAAGGGACAAAGAAGAUAGCAUCCAAGGGAGAAGGAGCAACGACCUUGAAGCUAAAGCAGCUGGCUUUGUUCUCCAUCUGUGGGUUGUUUGCUGGUAUCGUUGGUGGGCUGCUUGGAUUAGGUAGUGGAUUUGUGAUGGGUCCUCUGUUUCUUGAACUGGGCAUUGCUCCUCAGGUUGUUAGUGCUACAGCAACUCUGGGAAUGGCCUUCUCUGCAUCCAUGUCUGUGGUGGAAUACUACCUUCUCCAUCGCUUCCCUGUACCUUACGUUCUGUAUCUUGUUGCAGUGUCCAUUUUAGCAGCCUAUAUUGGGCAGCACUUAAUCAGCGCAGUUGUGGGAUGGACAGGCAGAGCAUCGCUCAUCAUAUUUGUGCUCUCCUUUACAAUCUUCAUCAGUGCAAUAACGCUAGGUGGAGUUGGGAUCACAAACCUGGUUGAGAAGGUAGAGAAAGGAGAGUACAUGGGUUUUGAGAAUCUCUGUUUGUAUCAGCCAUAGAGAAUCUGUGUGUUUCUAGAUUAAGUGGGAUUUGGGCUCAGGUCUCAUUAUAUAUUGUUCAUUCUUUUGUUUAUGGGCUCUUGGGAUUCUUAGUUUUUAUGUAAACACAAACCAACACUUUGGCUAUGUAUUGUGUUUCAUUGUUGCAUGUUGUCUACAUGUCAAACACCUAGUAGAAGGCAUUAAAAUAAGGUAAUUUGUAUAAAUUUAAAUCGUGAAUGUGUAUGAACCUUAAUUUAGGUCGUUGAUUAAAAUAGUGAAUGAAAAAAAUAAAAUAUGAAAACAGUGAUAACUCGUUUUUCUGGUGACUUGUUUGAUGAAUGUCUUUUCAUUUUUAGGGUUUCUUUCAAAGUCAAAAUAAUGGCUCCAAAUAUUCCCUAGAAUCAAAUCCUAGCAUAACCAUUAAAUUAGACGUGUUAUACGUAAAGCUUUCGUAAUUAUUUAAGACUUAACUUAACACAAGGUUAAUGUUCAUGACCUAAAAGGACCAUCCAUUACGGUAAGGCCUCCGUAAUGUCAUUUUACAACUCUUACGUUAAAUACACAUCCAUUACUUAAAGGUUUAUGAAACGAAAGUUAUUUCUUACGUAAUAGUUAAAUUAACACUUUACGUAACACACAUUUAAUAAUCAUUACGCAAAAGGAAAAACCAUUACGUAAAACUUUCGUGAUGACAUUCUAUAUCUGUUAUGUAAAAUACACAUCAAUUAAGUAAAGGUUACGGAACAACAAUUAUUUUGUACGUAAUAACUGAAUUAGAAGAAUUACGUAAGACUUUGGUAAUGACUUAACACUUUACAUAACGCAAUGUUAAUAUUCAAUUCGUCAAAAAAUUGUUCAUUACGUAAAUCUUCCAGAAUUACAUUUUUUAAUUGUUAUGUAAAAUACACAUCCAUUACGUAA